GUCCGCUCACUCACUUUUUGCCCUGCGCUUCCAGUCCCAGUUCACAUCUAUCUCUAGGUGGUUUCGCAGUGUUUGCUUCGCAGUCGCGUAAUCAACGCUGCAGAAUCUGAACAUACACCUCUUUCUCGCGCCCAGAUCCCUUUGCUACGCUGGAGAGAUACGGCGUGCCAUGUGAGGCAGUUCUCCGCCUCUGUCGCAGAGAUCUAUCAAAAUGGCAGUACAAAUCUCCUGCAUCUUUUACUUCUCUUCGUCUGCCUCAAUCAACUCUCUACCCCAGCCUUCAGUCAGCCAUGGGUCGAGGCAAGGCGGAUAGAGCAUAUUCUUCGGCAGCCCAGCCGGGUGAUCAACAGAACCCCCAGUACGCACCUCGAUAUCCUGAUCGCCAGGGAACCGCUACGGAGCGCUCGCUACCAGAUUAUGCCAUGGAGAGCCGACAAGUGGACUCGUGGAGAUCGUACAGAGCCGACGCAGGCAAUCUCCAGACAGCCACAGAUCCGCAAGGAUUCCAGACGACGUACCGCCAGGCCAUGCCUGAAUAUCAGCCGCAGCCCACUCACCGCCAGAGCCAACUGACUACGAACCCUGCUAUUCCUGCGUACCAGCCUUCGCAGACUCUACAGGCUCCACCUUCGUACUACGCACCAUAUCAGGCACUGAGGUUCUCCGAUGGAAGCUAUGAGAGGCAGGUUGUACAACAGGCACAGCUGGCAGUAAAUAGGAACGCGUCUCAGCAGAACAAGCGAUACUCCUUGCGUCAGCGACGGAUUGAACAGAUAGCACCAUACAGCACAGGAGCAGCAGCCGCACUCGCACACAGACCACUUCCUUCAGUGGAAGCUCCUGAUGCGCCUGCACCUUCUCUAUCGACUACAUCUCUACCAGUACGGAAUGUCGCGUCUCGGCGCAGUCGUACACGUACAGCCACCCCGGAGGACCAAUCUCCACCUCCGCCAAAGCCUAGUGCCGAGUACAUGCGAAAGGCCGGACUCCCGCCCGCACGCAGAGCCACUCCACAGAAGCUUUUGGUGAUUCUCGACCUCAACGGCACGUUGCUAGUCCGGCCAAACCGGCGAAGUGACCCGAAAAAGUUCAAGAUCAGACCAGGCGUGACACAACUGCUUGACUAUCUUUUCGAGCAUCACGUUGUCAUGAUCUAUUCUUCGACUCGACCAGAGAAUGCGCUGCCCAUGGUAAACAAUCUCAUCCAUCCCAAGCAGCGGCAGCUGAUGGCAGGAGUCUGGGCACGAGACAAGCUGGACUUGAGCAAGGCACAAUACAACAACAAGGUCCAAGUGUACAAGAGACUGCACAAGAUCUGGGCCGAUAAAGACAUCCAAUCCAAAGCCGAACCCGGCCGCAAGUGGGACCAGAGCAACACCAUCCUCGUGGACGACAGCCACUUGAAAGCGCUUGCUCAGCCACACAAUCUACUCCAAGUUCCCGAGUUUGAGAACAACGCUCCGAAAGAAGGUGGCCCCGCUCUCCGUGACUGGCAGCUGAAAGAGCAAGCCAUCCUCGAGUCGUUGCAGCAGAAGCUGGAGGAAUUGAAGUGGCAGGUCGACGUGUCAAGACUGAUUCGAGAAUGGCAGUCCGGCAAACGACAGGCUCCCGGGGUCGUUGACGAAACAGUGGACCAGAAAACCCAUCGCAGCAUUCAGGAGCAACAACUUGAAUCGUCGCAACAGGAACCGCUCAGUCCAACCCCGAGUGUCGGUCAACCGGACACUUCUGGCCUGUGGUUAAGCUCGCCGCAGUUUGAGGAACCCAAUGGGGCGUUCUCUCCCAACCACGAGACUUAUUCAGCACCUGAAGGAGGCGUCAAGCUUUCCGGCGGCCAGUCUAUCCUAGACCGGUUGGAGCAAGAAAUCGACCGCUCCUUGAACACUGAAAAUGUUGUGCAAAAGCAGAAGCAAAAAGACGCCCCGCGCGGUGUAUCACCUAUCGACGAAAGUGUCUGGAAGGAGCUUCUAAGUGGUGGAAAGAAGGACCGUGACAGUGAUCGCAAGAAGGAUAAACUUUCACUGCGUGACGUCCCCCCAACACCGGAGAGCAUGGGUGUUUGAGGUGUUCUGAAGUUCACUUCCCCGGCCUGUUAGCAGUCAAGACUCGGACGCCGAAGAUUUCGGCCGGUUACAGAUGAAGGGCGUUUGCAUGCCCUCGAUACUCUUUCUGUUUCAAAGGUUACGUCAAGCCCAGAGCAGGAUUCGGAGCUACAUCAACAUGAAGCCUGCAACCUCUUGAACAGGCAACUGUUUGUUAGUCUAGCCACUUUACCAUUGACACAGCCGAAUUGAAUGAGUAUGACUAUGAAUAACCUAUCCUACCCUCCUGCUACGGCCCUCAUCCCUCCAUAGGGGACAUACCAGAAGUCAAUAGUAAAUUUUGAUUCGUCCAUUUCUGGGCGAAUUGUUGGCAAACCUUUGUAAUGGUCUACCCUGACGCUUCAUUGUACAUAAACCAUUGUAUUCUCUCACACUACGCCGGUGAUCACCACCAUUUGUUGGGUUUGUUUUGCCAUAAUCAACCAGUCGCGGAUGCCCUG